AUGGAAGAACCAAAUGAAGAAUUUAUAGAGAUGAUUGUAACUCUUGCAAAAGAAAAUCAGAUGAAACAACAAAAGAAUAGAGAUAUAACUAUAGAUACAGAUAAUAACAACAAUAGUAGUAGAUUAAAAUCAGUAUCAAAACAACAAUACAAAGAGUAUAUUAUAGAUAAACCAGAUAAAGUAGUAUCAUGGUUACUCUAUUUAAUUGUAAAGGGUACUUUUACAACAAUUAAAGAUAAAGCAAUACAGUUACUUGAUAGAUUAUUGGAAAGAGAAUAUAAAGAAGUAGAGGAAGGAGAAGAAGAUCAUGAUUUUAUCAAUGAAUUAUCAAAAUCGAUAUUGGAUGCAGUAGAGUUUGAAACAGAAGAACUGAUCAACAAUUAUUCAAAGACAACAGAUCUUGGUCAUACACAUACAUUUAAAGCUCAUUUGAUUAGUAUCAUUGAAUCAAUUUCGAAUUAUAGAUUAGGACAACCAAAUGAUGAAGACAUAGAUGCCUUUACAGACAAUCUAUUCUUGAUACUCAAAAAAUCAAAUACAAGUGUUACGGGUAUACGUAUCGAGUAUGCAGUACAGCAAUUGAUGCAAAUGUACAUUGAAAAUGCAUGGAUAGGUGAUAUCAUUGGACAGAGCAUUGACUCGAUGGUCGAUGUAUUAGACAGACACUCACGUGACAGUGAAAAUAGAUUUGCAUCCACUAAAACAAAAAGAAUGAUAUUUGCCUUUUUAAUGGUUGUAUCAGAGAAUGACAAUAAUGAAUUCACAGAUAGUCAUCUAGAGAGAAUAGUCUUUCAUUUAUAUGAAUGGCUUGGUGAAGUCAAGGAUGUAUCAUUGGAAGAAUGGACAGAGAGCAAUCGCAAGAUUGACAUUGACAAUAACUUUUUCAAAUUUCCAUACGAUGGAGAGCAAGAGGAACAAGAUGCGCUGCAUGAUAGCCUUAUCCAAGAACAAGAAGAAGAAGAACAUGAUGAAGAUAGUGAAGUGACAAGCACUCCAGUAUACUCAUUAUUUGGAAAAUUUGCUCAUUUGUUUAGUCAACGUAUCAGUGGGCACAUCUUUAACCAAUUCAACAUCUUAUCAACUUCUCAACAAUGGAAAGAUAGAUACGCAGCAAUGAUUAGUUUAUCAAAAUGUACAAACCAUAUUCCAAGUCGUAUAAGACAACAAUUUUCAACUAUUUUAAAAUUAGUAUUAAAAUGUACAGAUGAUGAAAAUAUUAGAGUUAGAUGGGCAUCAUUUCAAUUUUUAAUUCAAUUGACUGUUGAUUUUAAUGAACUGAUUAUAGAAUCAAGUGGAAAAAUAUUUAAAGUGAUUAGGAAAUCAAUUUGUGAUCCCAAUCAACGUAUCCAAAAUUGUUGUUGUAUGUUAAUUCACACAAUGAUGGAACUAUUAAACAAUGAUGAUAAUAUUGUUGAAGAUAGUAUUUUAGAUGGAUUAUUCAAUUCAAUAGAAAUAUUACUUCAAUCACCAAAAUUAUAUGUAGUUGAAAGUGCAUUUGUAUCAUUAAUGUCUGUUAUACAAAAAGUUUGUCAUGAAUUUAUACCUUAUUAUCCAAGAUUUAUACCAAUUAUAUUUAAAUUAUUGGAGAGACAUAAUGGAACAAAAGAAUCUAGAUUAUUACGUAGUCGAGCAAUCAAGGCGUUUGCAAUAUGCUGUGCAGUGGUAGAGGAGAAGAUAUUUUUAAAAGAUUUUCACAAGUUUAUGCAGUUUGUUAAAAAGAAUGAAAAGUCAUUUGAUCUAACCGUCCAAGUAGUUAGAACAUCUGAUUUAUUGAUGAAGACAUUUGGCAAGUCUUUUGAAAUAUAUUUACCAAUGAUUGUAAAGAUGGUCAUUAAAAUAUUAGAGGCACCAUUACCCAAUCAAGUAGAUGAUAUAACUUUAUCAUCACCACAAGAAAUCACAAAGAUAAUGUCAACACUAAAGAUCCUGUCCAAUAGAAUGUCAUUAGCGACAGAUGGUACAGUGUAUGACCCGUUGGCACCAUUUGUACAUAGCUUGGUCGAUCCCCUUUGCAAGUUGACAGUUAACCCUCUGAUUGCUAAAAUUAGAAUACAAUCACUUGCCUGCUUACCUGCAUGUCUUCAAUUAUUCAAGUUACAGUAUGGUGAACGGAGCGACAAGACACGAGAGAUGUUUGGUCAUAUUUAUGAAAUUGGAUUGUGUCAUCAAGAGACUGACCUUCGUGUGGCAGUGAUCCGUAUCACCCUGUCAACAUUUCUCAUCAAUGCAAUGGGUAAAGAUGCAAUGACAUUUGAACAAGUACAGUCUACUUUGGAUGCAUUCAACAGGAUGGAGAAAUGGAUAGAAGAUAUUGUCAACGGUGACAUUGACAUUGCUGAAGACGAUGAUCAAGAUUUGAUCGAUACCGCUGGAUACACUCUUGUCACUAUCUAUGGGAUGAUUUCUAUUAUGGUAGAGCAUAAUGGAUCUGUCAUGACACAACUCAUCACACCAACCUUUUUAAACAAGAUUUGUGACAAGUUGAGAGACAAUGGUGAAGAUGAUAUCAUAAAGGUAGUUCUCCUCAACUUUUUGGCAAAGUAUUGCAAGUAUGGUGGUGAAGGUGUCAUCAAUACUUUCCCACUUAUUAUAAAACCCAUUAUCGAGUGUCUGGAACUUCAAAGCAUCUCAGUAAAACGAACAGCUUCUCUUGCACUUGGUGAAGCUGCACAACUUGCCAAAGAUAGAUUCUCACCAUGGGUCAUAGACACAUUACAUUUUCUACAUGCCAUUGUAUCCUCACCAAAUGCAUACACUACACCUGAUAAUAAAGAGAAUAUGGAACAAAUCGUUGCUAUUCUUGGUAGAGUCAUCAGAUACGUCCCACACACUCCAGCCAGCAACCUUGUCAUCAUCAUUCCACAAUGGUUAGGUCAUCCUCCAAUAGAAGACAAGGAUCAGAGACCCAUUACCAUCUCUAAUCUCUGUGCUAUUGUUCGUAUCUAUCCCAACGAAUGUAUAGGCAAAGAUCAACAAUACAAACAUGUCGAAAGACUACACCAAUUAAUCGUUGGGUAUAUGAAUAUGGAUACUUGUCAACCAGAAGAGAAACAACAACUCUAUCAAACUUGGGAUUAUAUCAAAGAAGAUAUAUUAAAAGAAAAUUGGAAUAGUAUUCCAUUAGAAACAAGAGACAAAAUAUCAAAUUUGAAUGUUCUUGAGCCAGAUACUUAA